UUUGAGGCCGUCUUCCUGUUCUUCAGGGUGAGGAACAAUAAAAACCAAAGGCUUGUCCCAAACGCCUCGCAGCAGAAAGCAGAGCGGGGGACGACCACGUUCUGACCUGACUCUAGAACAUUUGUCAGGUUUCCUUUGAGUGCUAACACCAUGAAGACACAUCUACAGUUUCUCCUCCUCCUUAUUCAGCUCUUUGAAGCUUGUCCAGAGGUGAUCUUUCAGCGGCUGGCGGAGGACCGGUCUCUGGUUCUCUCCUGCACCCCUCAGCAGGAAAGAGGUCAUCUGGUGGGACUCCAUCUGUACCACCGCGGCCCCCAGAGCCAGACCACCCUGCUCUCUGUGGCCGAGGGCAGCACAGCCAGGAAGGACCCAGAGCGCGGGGCCCGUCUGCAGCUCAGCGGGGGGCUGAACUCGCCGAGGAUCAACGUUAGCAUCUCUCACCUGCAGCUGAGUGAUACGGGACUUUACAUGUGGGAGCUGAGUUACAGACAGGAGAACAACUCAGAUCAGGUCGUCCUCGAGCCGCAGAGGCACUUCCUGCUGGUGGAAGGGAGGUCAUGCGGGUGCUCUCAUGGUUACACCCCUCUUCUCCUCACCAUCGCUGCAGCAGCAGGCCUUCUCCUGCUGACAGUGAGCUUAUUGGCCGUGGAGAAAUGUGUAAGAUUAAGGCAUCAUCGCCCACCGCAGCCUCAUCAUCCCAUCUAUGAGGAAAUGAGCAGGAAGCAGCAGAGCGCAGGAAGCCCCAAAAUAACCCAGGAAGCCUCUCCGCAACCGGAGGAAGUCAACUUCCCAGUUUAUGCCAACCCAAACAUCCGGCAGCCACAGGACAACUACUACGCCUGUCCCCGACAGCUGGCCGUCAGAGUGUGAACUCCGGCAACACACCGA